AUGGCUGCCGAUUCAACUGUCGUCUCCAACACGGAGAAUCUCUUGAAGUACAUGUCCCUCGACCAGCGCGGUCGUGUGAUGGCCGAGUACGUCUGGAUUGAUUCCUGCGGUGGCACUCGCUCUAAGACCAAGACCCUCUCCAAGCCCGUUUCCUCCGUUGAGGAGCUCCCCGAGUGGAACUUCGACGGUUCCUCCACUGGCCAGGCCCCCGGUGACAACUCCGAUGUCUACCUCCGCCCCGUCGCCAUCUUCCCCGACCCCUUCCGCCAGGGUGACAACAUCCUCGUUCUCUGCGAGACCUGGGAUUCCGAUGGAAGCCCCAACAAGUUCAACUACCGUCACGAUGCCGCCCGCCUGAUGGAGACCCACGCCAAGGAGGAGUUCUGGUUCGGCCUCGAGCAGGAGUACACUCUCCUCGGCACUGAUGGCUGGCCCUACGGCUGGCCCCGUGGUGGUUUCCCCGGUGCUCAGGGUCCUUACUACUGUGGUGUCGGUACCGGCAAGGUCUACUGCCGUGACAUCGUCGAGGCUCACUACCGCGCCUGCCUGUAUGCCGGUAUCAACAUCUCCGGUAUCAACGCUGAGGUCAUGCCCUCCCAGUGGGAGUACCAGGUCGGCCCCUGCCCCGGCAUUGACAUGGGUGACCACCUCUGGAUGUCCCGCUUCAUCCUCCACCGUGUCGCUGAGGAAUUCGGUGUCCGCAUCUCCUUCGAGCCCAAGCCCAUCGAGGGUGACUGGAACGGUGCCGGUCUGCACUCCAACGUCUCUACCCUCGCUACUCGUGCCGAGGGUGGUAUGAAGGCCAUCGAGGCCGCCAUGAAGAAGUUCGAGGCCCGCCACCAGGAGCACAUUGCCGUCUACGGUGAGGGCAACGACAAGCGUCUGACUGGUCGCCACGAGACCGGUAACAUCGACAAGUUCUCAUAUGGUGUUGCCGACCGCGGUGGCUCCAUCCGUAUUCCUCGCCAGGUCGCCAAGGACGGCAAGGGUUACUUCGAGGACCGCCGUCCUGCCUCCAACGCUGAUCCUUACCAGAUCACUGGCAUUAUCGUCGAGACCAUGUGCGGUGGUCUCUAA